AUGGGAGAGGAAGAUCGAAGCCUGGCAGAAUCCCAUCCUGGAGAAGAGCUGCCUUCCUGGUACAAGUUGGCUCUCUUCAAUGAGCUCUACUUCAUGACGGAUGGGGGAACCGUGUGGAUGGAGGUGCCCCCUGAUUGCUGUGCCGAGGACCUGCAGGGGCCAGCGGGGGCAGGACUCUCCCACCUCCUCCCUGUGCUGCGGGAAUACGGAAGGUUUGCUUAUUUGGAAGGCCAGGAGUACCGGAUGUACAACACCUACGAUGUCCAUUUCUACGCCUCCUUUGCUCUCAUCAUGCUGUGGCCCAAGCUGCAGAUCAGCCUGCAGUAUGACAUUGGUGAGUGUCCCCAGAGGCCCUGUCCGUGUCCCUGCUCAGGGCUUCAGCGUGGCAAGAGACGCAGAGUGUGA